AUGUGGCUCAGGCUCCUCCUUUUAGCAGUGGCCCAGACAACAACAGUGCGAGCUGAGGGAUUCACCUUUCCGACCGACCAAGAGGACGAGUUCAUAGUGGGUGAUCUCGUGAAUGUCACCUGGGACGUUGUCACCGCGCGAUUCAGUCUCUACGAAAGUUGCGAGACCGCGGUGGCUCUAGAAUCAAAUUCAACGAAUAAUUACAGCUACAUCUGGAACGCCACACGCGCCAACUACCGAGAAUCAGGCUGCGUAUUUAAGCUAGAGCCCUUGGAUGCAGAUGGAGUCGCGAAUCCGCCGAAUCUGACAAGCGUAUAUUUCGGUGUGAACAAGCGAUAUUCCACUGAUCCAGCGCCGACGUAUUAUAAUUUUGGAGGUUCGCUGACAAAUUCUUCUUCUACUUCAUCGGCAUCGUCAUCUUCAACGUCUUCACCUACGUCAGUCUCAAUAUCAACGUCUAUACCUGUCGCUACUACUGCAACUGGCACGUCAACACCAACACCAUCAUCUUCCUCAACGCACACCUCAGCCCUCACCACCGCACAAAAAGUUGGCCUAGGCGUCGGGAUUCCUCUAGGCAUCCUAACACUCUGCUCAGUUGGGAUUUUGUUCAUGUGGUAUCGACGUCGCAUACAGUACCAACGCACAUGCCAAGUUCAGAAUGACGCGAUGGAAGAAGGGAAAGCAUCCUUCAAACCCGCGUCCUAUAGUCACAACCGUGUCGCUUCCGGGACCGAAACCCUAGUCUCCGAGCUAUCGGCACAGAAUUAUGAUGUUGGUAGCGGUGGUUCGAGGCCUAUCAGUGAGCUUAUGGGGACGCCUAGGGCGGAGAUGGAGUAG